AUGUGCUCUUGCCCUAUCUCGUUUUACAGCGUCUACACUAUUUGGCAUAUAAAAUUCGUAUAUACUUAAGUGAAUCUUGGGUCGCAGAUAGUAGCAAUUCCGGCAUCGGUAGCUUGUUCAAGCAUUGGGCUCAGUUUUUGAACGGGGAAGGAAUCUAGAAAGUUUUAAUGAAGAGGGAAUGCAUCACAUUGACACUCCGGCUAUUGCUCAAUGGAGCAUUUGAAUAUACCGAGCCACUCACACCAGAUGAGGCGCUUGCAUGAGACAUGUCCAAUGCUUAUGGAUAAUCUCCUACCAUCAUCUGAGCGGCAUGAUAUCGUCGAACAAUCUGUCCUUGCCCCCUUGGCUGACAAAAUGCAUCUCCGCCCAAAUGCUACAAGAUGCAUAUCCCGACUGUUUAUCCGGAACCAGCUCGACCUACCAUUGAAUGCAAAAGAGUUGAAUGAAGACCAUUACUUCACACAGCAGCUCCGGGAAGCAUUUCGAGUCGACUACAACAUGCCACACAUCGCAAGUCUUGGUACUCAGCCCAUUCAAUGGUUCUCCCAGUUUUCGUUUACUGAUCCAUUGACAAGGCACCGCGUUACAUUUACAGCAUACGGUAAUGCGGUUUGUCGGUUUGAUGUUGGCUUCGUCCACGAGAGGACCCCUGGUGAAGCAAAACUCUUCGCUCUCAUCACAGAGUUGGAAGAUUGUGGAGAGGAUGACCCAGUCCUACAGCUCCCACGAAUGCGGCUUAUGAGCCAGAGCCAGAGAAUCAUUGGGCUCCCCGUUAUUGGGAGUAAACCAGUAUACGUUGUUGACAUGGAUCCUACGCAUGAUCAGGCCGCUGCACCUUUCCGAAAAUGGCCACUUAGAUUGAGCUCAACGAGCCGCGAGGACGAGGAGUUGAGCUCGGUGAGUCUUUUGCAGUGCUGGUGGGAGGUGGGAAUUAUGUGAGCAUGGGAGAAAUGGAGCUGUGGGAGGAAUGGAGCUACGGUCAUGGAAAAAUAAAGCAGAUACAGCCUAGAUGCAAUACACAG